AUGGGUCUUCAGAGGGCACGGUGGACCGAUGCUCUCAUCAGGAGGUUUAAGGAAGCACCAGCUUCAGCAACACUUCGGCAGUUGCAGGAAAAAAGGUAUACAAUAGAAGACGCCAAGUCAGACCGGAGUCUCCGUGCAUUUACGGCAGAAGUGCUCCGGCAUGCAAAAGCAGCUGAAUUCAACGGCUUCAUGGGUCUUCACAAGCUUCUGAAGAUAACAGCCCUGGAUAUUUCGCAAUUACAGAAAGAAAUCAACAAAGCGUUGGACGAUAUAGCUCGAAGACAACAAUGUAUCGACCCGCGACCUUCGACACCCCCCUGGGUCGACUACCUUACCUCACCGUAUCCAUCCUACGAGAUAAGAAGGGCUCCUCAGCCCAAUGUGAUCUGGGCCAAAUGGACUAUGGUGACCUACCACAGAGAUAACAGAUUCCGGAAUUUCAGCAACAUCUUCCAAGGCCCUAAAUCACGACUCACAAUCCAGCACGAAGUGGACAUGAUGCGCCUCCAAAUGCUGUAA